UCUUCUUCACAAAAGCAAAUGUUCUUUAGUCUUUCGUUAACUGUCGUUGCACUCAAACGGACGAAUAGAAUAUUGGCGGAAGCUGUACCAAAAGAGGAAAAUAAGAAAAACACAAAAAAGAAAACAAAUUACUGAACACAGAAAAUAUAAAUUGAAAAUUCGGCAGUCGAAACAAAUAACAAUUUGCUAGUGGGCGAACGUCAAAAAAAAAAAACCAAAGAAAAAAUUGGAAAAAAAAAAUUCAGACAAAAAAAAAUUUCCGCAUAUUUGGCGGAGCAUCAAAUCCCUUGGAUUUAGAUUUGAGUUUUCAAAAUUUUCCUGAAAAAAGGAAAACAACAAAUCAUUUUAGAAAUGUCUUAAAGAAAACAAAGGAGUGGUAAAUAAAACGCGAGUGGUGGAAGAAGACCAGUGAUGUGAUAAAAAACCCGAAAAUUGUAAUCAUUUCUUCUUCAACAUCUCUUCUCCCUCUUCUUCUGUUUCCCUCUUUCUUUCUGUAAUUUAUAUAAUUUCUUUAACAAAAAAUUACAAUUUCGCACGUGUAUUUGUGUUGUUGUUGUUGUCAAUACUUUACAAAGAAUUAAAAUUAAUUUGUUGAAACAUCAGUGGGCCAUUUGCCAAAGAGGAAGAAAUCGAGCAGCUAGCCAGCCACCAAGUGAUUGCAUCAAAUACUCUCACCACUUUCGAUCUCAAAACAGAAGAAAAACAUGGCAUCAUCUAGGGAAAUUGUUUGACGACCACUGAACUGAUUUCAGUUCAUCAAAGCAAAAUUGUGAUAUUUCAAUUGGCGCCCAAUCAAAUCAAUCUUAAAAAUAAUUACUAAAAUCUACAAUAAAUUACCAGACUGGCUGCAAGUAAAACUGGGCCUUCAAACAAAGUGUCUUGAAAACCAUCCAUCGAAACCACAUUUCACUCUCAACCCAUCUCAACGCACAACCAUGGAUUUCGAUCAAAUCUUGGCUAAAUGUGGCGAUUUCAAUCGCUAUCAACUGCUUAUUUUGACUCUUUUUGGAGUCGUCAAUGUCAUUGUAUCAAUGCACUAUUUUACCCAGACUGUGAUAAGUUUUGUACCGGACCAUUGGUGCUAUCAUGAAAAAUUGGAAAAUAAAACGUACGAUGAAAUAGCGGCGAUUUAUGCGAAAUUUCCAAAUCCAUCGUGUACCAAGUUGGCGGAUAUCAAUGGUAUGAACGCGACGGCCAGUACGGAGAAAUGUGAACGAUGGAUAUAUAAAUAUGAUUUCGGAUAUCACAGCAUGAAUACAGAGUUAAACUGGGUCUGUGAGUCAUCGUACAAGGCCCGCAUUGGCCAGUCCCUGUUCUUUAUUGGUUCGGUUGUGGGUACCCUGUUAUAUGGUUUACUUUCGGAUAAAAUUGGUCGCCUGCCUGCCUUGAUUUUAUCCAAUCUCUCGGGUUUCAUUGGGGAUUUUUCCACCAUCUUUACCACCAGUGUUACCACCUUUACAUUAUGCCGUUUUAUUUCGGGCCUGGCAGCUGAUACAAAUUUCUAUCUGAUGUAUAUUAUAGUCCUCGAAUACCUACGUCCCUCCAUGCGCACAUUUGGCCUCAACAUAGCCGUGGGGGUGUUCUAUACCCUGGGCCUGGUAUUCACACCUUGGCUGGCAGUCUUGGCCGGCCAUUGGCAAUACUAUUUGGCCAGCACUUCCAUACCCAUCUUGUCCAUUGUCUUCUAUUAUUUCAUAAUCCAAGAAAGUGCCCAGUGGCUGGUCACCCGCAAUGACAUCGAUGGUGCCAUUAAGAGACUGAAACGUGUUGCCAGAUUUAAUGGUCGUAAAGUUAGUCUAACCGAAUUUGAGGAGUUCCGUAAAUAUUGUGAAAAACAACAUCAGAAACAGGGUGGUGAUGAUCAGAAGCAUUCGAAUUUGAUUGAUAUGUUCCGCACACCGAGAAUGCGGAAACAUACGUUGAUCUUGUUCUUCAAAUCGAUGGUCAUAACCCUGUGCUAUGACGUUGUCUCCCGCAAUGUGGAGGGUAUGGGUAUCUCACCAUUCAUUAUGUUCUCACUGAGUGCUUUGGUCGUCUUGCCGUCCAGUUUAAUGUUGGUCCUGCUGCAAGAUCGUAUCGGUCGUAAGGGUAUGGCUUCGGGAUCCCUUUUGGUUGGUGGAUUUUUCACUGUAGCUGCUGGUAUAGCUAUAGCCUAUCAAAAACAAAAUCACAAUGCCAUAUUACUGGCUUGCCUGACGAUAGCCGCCCGUUUUGGUGUUGCCAUAUCGUAUGAAUCGGGAUCACAAUAUGCCACGGAAUUGAUACCAACAUGUGUGCGAGGUCAAGGUGUGGCAGCGGUACAUGUGGCAGGAUUUGCGGCAUCAUUUUUGGCGCCCUAUAUCUUGUGGUUGGGUACAUUCUUUAAGGCAGCGCCAUCUAUGAUUUUGGGAGUGCUGUUCUUUGCCGGUUCGCUGGUGUGUUUGAUGUUGCCAGAAACCUUGAAUAAAACCUUACCCAAAACCCUGGAGGAGGGUGAGGUAUUUGGCAAGGGUGAGAGCAUGUUCGAUUUCCCCUGUCUGUCGAAAAAUAAAUCCGCCGAAGAUUCAGAUUCGGAAAUGGAGCCAUAUAGCAAGCGCAAAGAGUCCCUGACGGCUGGCCUGGAACAUGGCAAUGGCACAGUGCAUCCCCUGCGCCAGGACCUAAUGGACGAUAAUAGCAACAGCUGUACAUAAGUGUAGAAAUUCAAAACACCCACACCACAAACUUCCAUUUUUCAUUCAUCUCUGAUAAAUUUUGAUAAGAAUAAGUAUUUUUUAUAACCUCUAAAAAACAAACAAACAAGAAAAUUUAAUUCAACUAGGCUCUAGUAUCCUUAAGGACUAUGAACAAAGUAUGCCUUUACUAUAUAUUCGGAAAAAUUACUUAAACAAAAUAAUUCAACAUUUUUUCUACUUAAUAUUAGUCUUAGAAUUCCAAACGUAAUUAAAUACAAAAAUUAUAAAUAAUUACAUUUAAUUAAAUAAUUAAUAUAAAAAUAAUAAAUUAAGUAAUUAAGGACUAAGGUUUGAACCUUGUUUAGGGAUCUAUGCGACACAAAAUGUCAACUUAUCACAAAAAUCAAUUUUUUUAGUUUUAAGAAUAAUACAUUUUGUGUUUAAAAUCUACAGUGGGCUAUGGAUGUGACGAACGAACUGUAAUACAUAAAAAUAGUAAGUUGAAAUAUCAAAUGUGGAGGAAUCUCCAAAAUUGUACGUUUACACAUCGAAAUCUAACCUCCCAUCGAAUUCGCCAUAACCCAGGCCCACUGUAUUAAGUAUUUUUUUUUUUAUUAUUUUUGUACCUAAUUUUUUCAACCACUUUUUGUUGAUAUUUUCUUUAUUUAGUGUAAAUAUAUUUCAAUAUUUUUAUAUAAAAUUUAAACAA